AUGACCUAUGCACUCGACCUGGGGAGCUCGUGGGACGGUUUUAUCGUAAUCGGUACACUUGUGGUCCAGUUCAUUCUGCGUUGCGAAGCAGACCGGUCCAAGGACGAGUUUGCGAAACAAGUCGAGCUACUGAGCCUCGUCACUGCUGGUGCGGUGCUCGUUUCCGCAUUCAGGCGCGCUGCUUGUGAGCCCUGCCACCGCAAGGCCGCUACACGACGUAUAUUGGACAGCGCAUCAAGUUCUCUGGACGCAACGGCUAGCGAGCAUAAGACCAGCGGUACUGGACAGACUGCGGUGCGAGCACGGCAGCGCUUUCGUCGAGCACGAGACCAAGGGCUCCUAGUUGGACUUUUCUUGCCUUUUCUCUGUAUCCUUGGUGCGUUGCGCGCUAACCUGCUGACUCCAGCCCAAGCGGUGCACUCGCUGAGCCUGGCUUUCUGUCAGGCGUGGUGCGCAGCCUGGACCUGGCACCUGGUUCCAGAGGAAACACCGGCACCAGCUGCCUCGGGAGACCGCGCUUUUUGUCGAAAACGCCGCCCUGUUGGUACCGCGCUCUUGUCAAAAGUGCCGCCUCUGGAGCUGAACUCGGAUAAAGAAGGCGCCGGGCUCUGCUGGGCUUUCCUGCUGGAGCUACUCUGGCUGCAUUUGGUACCUCUGGUCAUUCUGAGACGGCUCAGCGGUACGUCUUGGAUGCCCAUCUGUACAGCGACCGUAGCGACGCUGAUCGUCCGCAAGACGCUCGCAAGCGAUGCCUUUGCUGGCACGUUUACGUACGGCGAAGCACUCCUGGUAUCGUUCCUGGUGACAGUGGCUUGGUUUUCGCCUUUUCACAUGUUCCCGACGGCACUCGGGUCUUGGCAUGUAGUAGGAGUACAUCAAUCACACCCAGCGGUGUGGCAGGAGCACAGCUGCUUUUCAGUUGAGAAGCGCCUUGUGCCGGCAAUGCACUCCGAGUUAGCCGCCGAUGUCAAGCGCAGCGGCGUUGAAGCGAUCCCGCUGUUUCACUUGUUCAAAGCGAGGCGCAUCUCGGCAGCGUCAUGUACUGAGGCUUGCGGUUGCGACGCACAGCCACCAAGGCAGCACGGGAGCCCCGGCACGCUGCAACAGUCGCGUCACAUAUCGCAUGCUUGUCCGUAUCGUCGCCUCAUGCAAAGGUAUCUGUUGAAGACCUCGGUAGAGCUUGCCACCGCAGGUAUUUUGUUUGUGAAUCACUGGCACCGAUGGUUAGCGGGCUGGAACCAGGGUCAUCGCGCACGCGCAUCAAGUUGCGGUGCAGUGGGCAUUGCUUUAAGGAGCCAGCAAGUGAGCGCUGUUCGCAACCUGCUUCGGCGGUUCGCUCGUCCGCUUGGUCUGGCCUUGCCUCUGGCACUGAUCCUGCCCUUGAACUACUUGAUGGCGCGUCGGACAUUGAAGCGUUUAUCGAGCAUGAACUCGGGCUCUUUUAGCGACUGCACAGACGCAGAUGCUGCGGAGCCGUUCCGCUUGCUAUGCAGCUGGAUGACCCGAGACGUGUCGAUUAUGGUGCUCGUUCUCUACUGGGCUGUGACGCUUGCGGUAGGCAUCUUCGCUCUAGGUCCGCAUCGUUGGAAAUGGCGACGCAUCGUUGCCCGCAAGUACUACCAUUUGCUGGCGCUCUUGCUUUUUAUGCCGGUUAUCUUGCGGCAGGAUCCGCUAUUAUGGCAGUUUCUUUCCUUUGCUCAGACAGUAGCCUUGGCGGUGCUCAUUGCCCUGGAGCUAGCCCGAAUAUCGGGUACGAACGCUGCGUUUCCCUUGGAGAGGCACUCGCCGUCAAAAGCUGCUUAUUUGGUCGCUGGAACUUCAAUGCACCAGGUAUUCGACGGUGGUCAUGAUGAUGGUGUUUCUGCUGCAGCCAGCGGUGAUCGAACAACUCCCUCCAUGGAUGCAUCUCUGGGUGCGUCUGGUGGCACGCAGAGUCGCCCCAGUUGCGACGUAACUCGAGGCCGCUCCUUUUACGAAUCUGUUCAUCAAUUCAUGACGACACUGGUCGACGAACGUGACCAGGGGAGCGUCAUCGUCAGCCACCUCUAUCUGCUUCUGGGAUGUGCUGCACCUGGAUGGCUUCUCCUGGGGCUCCUCGAACGAUUUUCGGCAUCGAAUGGCUCCUGGACGAGUUUACUGACAGACUGGAGCAGUGGUCUGCUUUCGCUGGGUGUCUUCGAUACUGCCGCGUGCAUUCUGGGCAGUCGCUUUGGGAGACACCACUGGCCUCAUAGUCGCAAGACAAUCGAAGGCAGCUUGGGUGGCUUUAUAGCUACCUGGCUAUGUCAGUUGUUGCUGCAGCAGUGGCACGCACCGAAUGUAUUUCAUGUCAACUGGACAGCACUUGCGCGUUUCUCCGGUGCUGUGUUUCUCUGCACAGUAUUUGAGGCACUUACCGCACAGAACGAUAAUCUGGUGCUACCAAUGUUCUGCUUCGCGGUUCUAGGGCUGUUCGGUUGA